UGAAUGACCCCGGAAAAUGUGUGAUAGUACUUAAAAUGUUUUAUAAGUUACUUAUCUGUUAUUCAGAAGGAUUCCCAAAGCCAGAAAUAAAUAUUUGUAGGCAAAGGGUUCAUGCAGCGACUCUCAUACAGUCUUAUUGAAAAUCUGUAUGAAUUCGUCCCAACUUUCAACUGAAAUUCCUUAACACAACAAUUUCCUUCGAAUGGCUUUGGAGGAACUUAAUGAAUUACUCCCGAUACUUAAGCUUCACUUAAUAUUAAUUACGAGUAAAUAAAUUUAAUAAGAAUAAUUUUCUUCAAAAGACUACUUAUUUAACUCCAAUAAAAUUGAAAUUAUUGAGCAAUUUUAACAUUUUAAUUUGCUGAGUUCAUAUUUAUUUGAGCAACCACAUUUAUGCUAUUUUAACAUAUUUAAGCAGGUUUUUCUGGACCAAGUAUUAAUUUUUAUUAAUACAUAAGUGAAGAUCUAUCAAUUCAAUUGGUUUCUAGUGCAAAAUAACGCAAAGGAACAAUUCAUCUGAAAAUUAAAUUGAAUUUACAAAUUGAAAAAAUUCUGGUGUGAUAGCACGGUAAAAAUUGCAAAGCUUAAAACUAUUAAUAUAAUUUUUUAAUUUUUAUUUUAAAGUUUUUAUUGACGAAUUGUUGGAUUGCCUUUUUGUAAUAACGAAAUAGUAAAUCUUUUAUUUUUCAUUUGUUGGAGAAGUUGAAGAAGUAUUUGUGCAAUAACAGUAUUAAAUCAGAAGGUAUUUUGUUUUCUAAAAAUAUUCUUAUCUGUUAAACUUAUCACUACCGGAUUCUUAUCUAGAACAAAUUAAAUUACUGCCUCUUGCAUACAAAACAUUAUUAGCUAUAUCUAUUGCAAAUUCAAUAAUAUCACUCGAGAUAGCGAAUUAGGUAGAAAGGGUACAAAAGUGAUAUAAUAAGCAACUGAUAAUUAAUUAUUAAAAAAUAAAUUAGCAAAUCAAAAAAAACCUUUUAUUUUUAAGAGAUUUGUGUUUAGGUUUUUAGAUACAAAUUUCUUGACCGGUCUUAACUCUUCCUAAAUUUGCAUAAAGACAGUAGAUUUUAGCAUCUCAAUAGUUUUUAUUAUUUCAUGAUUACUGUUAGUUCUGGUCUUAACAACAAUUUGUAAUUUUUGUAAAUCACUUUAUCCCACGUAUAAUAUUUUUUUUGUUUUUCUGCAAAAAAAUUGGAUAUUCAGCGCAUUUAUUUGCAUGCUCUAUGAUGCAAUUGCAAAUCACCAAGUGCUGCAUUUAUCAAUUUCUUCAUGGAAUAUUUCUAAAAGUAUGACGCAGUUUGGAAUAAUUCAGCAGUUUUAUUACAUAUAUCCACAAUCGCGACAUUUUUUUCCAUUUGAAAGCAUUAUUGAGAUUUUAUUGAGCAUCGACAUUAUCGCGCUCAACCUACUUUCAUGGAUAACCGUUGCUUCAUUUAAAAUCUUUUCCGAAAGUCGGCAUGACGUCACGAUGGCGGAGUUUUGACGUGUUGGUAAUGAAAACAAAGGAAAAAGUUGGGCGCAGUGUCGAAGAUCGUCGCAAAGUGAAGAAGUUUCUGGAUUUUUUUUGAAGUUUUGCAAUUUUAUUGAUAAUUUAAGGUUGUGGGUCCGUGUGGAGACUGUAAAAGAGGUUGUGAAGUGAUCAGAAAUCAAAGGAUAAUGGGACUGCUUUCGAUGAUUUAUGCGGAUAUUGAUCAACGAAGCACAAAAGUUCCGCCGUUCUGCAGUUGUUUCAUCCGGCAGGAACGUGAAGAUCCCACUAGGAGACACAUAAUUGACCAUUGUCGAUGUGGAGAGGAGCACUGUGAUGUGUACGAGUGGUCCUGGGAUACAGGGAUUCCACAUCCCGAUUCGUACAUCACCAACGCCCUCGUGAUCUUUCACCCGGUAUACAGCCAAGGUACAGCCAUGGUGCGUGGCAACAAGGCCUUGAGGAUGGGCAUGUGUCACUACUGGGAGAUCAAGAUGAUGUCUCCAGUGUCUGGCACGGAUAUGAUGGUGGGGGUGGGCACGGAUAAAGUUGACCUGUGCUCCCAUCAGUAUUCCUUUGGCAGUACCAUCGGCCUCGAUGAGCACUCCUGGGGCUACUCCUAUCGCGGUGUUAUUCUGCAUCGCGGUAGGAGUUUCUUCUUUGGCAAGAAGUUCACGCAGGGCUCCAUUGUUGGUGUUCUGCUGAAUCUGCGCCGAGGCACAAUGGACCUGUACAUCAACCGUGUGCAUCAGGGCCAAGCCUUUCAUGACCUGCCCACAGAUCCUAGCGUUCAGCUAUAUCCGUUGAUAAGUUCAACGGCGGCCAAGUCACAGAUGAAACUGCUGAAUGCUGUUUCUUUCCACGAAAAUCUUCAAUAUCACGCCAUGAAAACCAUCUAUCGUCAUCCGCAGCUUCUGGCUGAACUCCAGAGCUAUCCAAUGUUCCAGUCGCUGGUGAAGCGUUUCUGGUUCCUUAGGCAGGACGAUAACGUGUACAAUACAGAUCGUGUAGAUCGUAUCUCGAAGCGACUGCAGCAGCAGCCGGAGAUUCUUGAGAAUGCCGUCCUGCUGAAAAAUCUCGGCGAGGGGACUUCGUCCAAGGCCGCUAAAGAUGAGACUGAUGAGUACGAAGUGUGUGAGGAUGUUUACGGCAAUUUAGAGAUAACUCACAGAACCAAGGAAAUUUCCAAUGAUUCUUCUGACGAUGAAGCUGAUGUUGAUUUCUUUGACUUCUUCUGCAAUCACAAAUUGUCCUAAAUGGAAAGAUUGUCGGAAUAUUGUUGAUUCCCAAAUUGCUCAAAAUAUUUUUCAUACAAAAGUGCAAAUAAAAGCGAUAAGAUAAGCCGUUGA